UCGCCCUCCGAGGAAAUGCAGUCGCAUCCUCAGCCGCCGCCGGGAGUCGAACCGCCGACCCGACGGUCGCGACAGCGCGCCGCCGCCACCAAGUGAACCAUGUUCCAGACGUUUCCGCGACGCCAACGCCUGGGCGCUCCUCGACCCGCACGCUCUUGACGGCGACCUACUGAGUGUGACCCGCGAGCCCCGCCAGCACCGCCAGCACCGCCAUGGGAAACGCGGAGAGCAACGUGACCAGCGGCGUCAAGAACCAGGCCGGGCCGUCCGUGCAGGCGCUCUACAAGCUGGUGGACGUCAAGGGCGGCGGGCUGCUCGUCGACAUGAUGAAGCGCGCCACGCAGAACAAGCAGUACGCCGAGCUGGACCACGCCAUCAAGACCAAGGUGGAGCCCUUCCUGUACAACAAGGGCAAGGGCAGGCUCAUCCCCGUGCGCAUCCUGGUGCUGCUGCGGAACAAGGACCGCGGCAGGCACAAGAUGUUGCCGCCGCUGAAGGCCAUGGACGACCCCAGCGAGUACAACAUCAACAGUGCACUGGCUCAGCUCGACGCCGAGGGCGAAACCACCAAAGACCCCGGCGGCUACCGCGACGUGUGCUGGGACCUGGCGGAGCGCGGCGCCGUGGGGGAGACCAUCCUCCACCUGUGCAUCCUGGCGGCGUCCUCGCUGCACAACGACCUGCUCAAGCGCCUGCUCCGCUUCUACCCCAAGCUGGUCAACGACAUCUACAUGAACGACGAGUACUACGGCGAGGGGCUGCUGCACAUCGCCAUCGUCAACGAGGACCCGUCCAUGGUCAAGUUCCUGCUGGACGCCAACUCCGACGUGCACGAGCGCUGCUACGGCAACUUCAUGAGCCCCGAGGACCAGAAGGCCUCGCGCACGGACUCGCUGGACCACGAGUGGGUCAACGUGACCCCGCUCACCAACUACGAGGGGUACGUCUACUGGGGCGAGUACCCGCUGAGCUUCGCGGCGUGCCUGGGCCAGGAGGAGUGCUACCGCCUCAUCCUGGCGAGGGGCGCCAACCCCGACAACCAGGACACCAACGGCAACACGGUGCUGCACAUGCUGGUCAUCUGGAAGAACCCGCAAAUGUUUGACGUGGCCUACGAGAUGGGGUCUUCCCUGGCGGUGCGCAACGUGCUCAACCUGACGCCGCUCACCCUGGCCGCCAAGCUGCCGCGCAGGGACAUGUUCUUCCACAUCCUCAACAUCGAGCGCGAGAUCUACUGGCAGAUCGGCAGCGUGACGUGCGCGGCCUACCCGUUGUCCCAGAUCGAUACCAUCGACAUCCAGACCGGCAACAUCAACAAGGACUCGGCGCUCAAUUUAGUCGUCUUCGGGGACUCCAACGAGCAUCUCGAGCUGAUGGAGGGAGUCCUCGUGGACCUGCUCAACGCCAAGUGGAACGCGUUCGUCAAGUUCCGGUUCUACCGCCAGUUCUUCCAGUUCGUGGUGUACUUCCUCAUCUCGCUGGUGUGCUUCACGCUGAGGCCCGGCCCCCCGCGAACCUCCUCGGUGCAGAACUCGACGGCCGGGAUCAACGGCAGCACCAUCGGCCCCACGGACAUGCCCAUCGUGACCAGCCCCGUCCUCACGGCCCGGCUGGAGCAGCUCGUCCGGAUGGAGGCGCUGGAGCAGCUGUUGGCCUCUGCGGACUACAACAACACGUCCGGCGGCAACGCGUCGUCGUGGGGCCCCACCCCCAACGCCACCCAGAUCGACGACGACGCCACCGUGGACAUGUCGGUGGACUUCGUGACGACGGGGCCGCGGCAGCACGACCCCGGGCCGCUGGCGCGCGCGGAGGCCGAGGAGGAGGACGACGAUGACGACGACGAGGAGUGGUGGGACGAGACGUCGGGCACGUGCCGCCUGCUGCAGGUCAACUCGCGCCAGGCCGCGGUGCGCAUCAUCGCCGAGGUGCUGCUCACGUGCGGCGCCGUGCUCUACAUCCUGGCCGCGCUGCGUGAGGCGCGCUUCCUCGGCCUGCACAUGUUCAUCGAGAACCUGAUGACGGCGCCGUCGAGGGUCAUGUUCCUGUUCUCGUGCCUGUGCAUGCUGAGCAUGCCCUGGCUGCGGGUGGCCUGCGAGGAGCAGAAGGAGGACAUCGUGGCCGUCAUCAUCAUGCUCACCACCUCGCCGUACUUCCUCUUCUUCUGCAGAGGGUUCAAGACGGUGGGUCCGUUCGUCGUCAUGAUCUACCGCAUGGUGAUGGGAGACUUGCUGCGGUUCGUCACCAUCUACCUCGUGUUUGUCAUGGGAUUCUCGCAAGCGUACUACAUCAUCUUCCUCUCGUUCGACAACCCCCUGACCCCCGACGGCGUGGACGACACCGUCACCAACCCCAUGCCUUCCCCGUCAGAGUCCAUAAUGGCCAUGUUCCUCAUGUCGCUCACCAACUUCGGGGACUACUACGGCGCGUUCGAGCGCACGGACCACGAAAUCGAGGCCAAAAUUCUGUUCGUGGUGUUCAUGGCGAUCGUGGCGAUCCUGCUGGUCAACAUGUUGAUCGCCAUGAUGGGCAACACGUACCAGAAGAUCGCCGAGACGCGCAACGAGUGGCAGCGGCAGUGGGCGCGCAUCGUGCUGGUGGUGGAACGAGGCGUCAACCCGGCCGAGCGGCUGCGCAAGCUCAUGUGGUACUCGCAGCCCAUGUCGGACGGCAGGCGCGCGCUCGUCCUUCGGCUCAACCAGACGGGAGAAGAUAAAGAGGAAAUGAAAGAAAUCCUCGACAUGAAACGCGUCCACAUACGACAGGUUCGAAAGCGUCAGCUUGGUGGCAAAAGGCUCUCCACCGUUCCACCCAGUCCAAAGAAAAUUGAUCUCUCCCUGUAGUAUUCUACUAUGUUCACUUCAUUAGCUCGUCUCAUUAUCAUGGUUGCUAUCUGCAUUAUGAAAUCGACAGAUGUUUGUAAGGUGGGGGGAAAUGACAACAGUAGAUUCAUUUCAAUAGAAAAGUAUAAUUUUUACAUUUUACAAAUGUACAACUUUUUUAUACAACACUGUAU